UUCACGGAUCACCUCUACACCGCCUUGGAGCAAGCCAGAAUUAACUGCUUUACAGAUGACGAUGAGCUUCCAAGAGGAAGGGACAUUUCUACCGAACUACCCAAUGCCAUACAACAAUCAAGGAUUUUUAUUGUGGUUUUUUCCAAAGGCUAUGCUUCCUCUAGUUGGUGCCUUAAAGAGCUUGCGGAGAUAGUUCGCUGUACGAAUGCUAUAGGCCGGAUUCUUAUUCCAAUAUUUUAUCACGUGGACCCUUCAGACGUUCGAAAACAAACUGGAACUUUUGCUGAAUCAUUUAUUAGGCAUGAAGAGGAGUAUCAAAAUGAUACGGAGAGGGUGCGGAGCUGGAGAAGAGCUCUUACUAGGGCUACAGACUUUUCCGGCUAUGAUCUCAAGGCUGUAAAUGGGUAUGAGUCAAGGCUCAUCAAAUUGAUUGUUGAAGAAGUUUGGCUUCAGAUGUCAUCUAGGGAGCCGCCGAAAUGCUACUGUGGUCUGAGAACACAUCUAACGACUUCAUGGACCGACGAUAAUCCGGGAAGGCGUUUCUUCGGAUGCGCUCGAUAUGGCGAACAAUCACAUUGCAAUUUUUUUGAUUGGUAUGAUCUACCAAUUUGUGAACGCGGCGCUAAGCUUAUAAUUGAAAUGAGGGAAGAGAUACUCGAAAUGAGGGAAGAGAUUGAGAUGUUGGAAGGGCAACUUCAUUAGCAAGCGGCAAAAUAGAGGCGCUCACGUACGUGUCCAUUUAAUUGUGUCAUGAAGCUUAUAAUUAUUGU